AUGAUACCUAUGAGAAAAAUCCCUACACUUCCUCGAGAUCUAAUUGUUGAAAUAUUUCUAUGGCUUCCCGUUAUUUCAUUGAUGCGUUUUAGGUGCGUUUCCAAAUUUUUUGAUGCUCUUGUGUUGGAUUCAGAUUUCACUCAUGUCCAUCACCAACAAUCUAUGACUCGCGAUGGUGGAACAAGAUUCCUUAUGGGAAAAGCUGAAGAUCUAUAUGCUGUAGAUCUAAACAAAUAUGGAAAUAUAUCUAGAUGGAAUUUUGAUCGUCCCGGUCAAUAUUUUAAUGGACCGUGUGUAAAUGGUUCAUACUGUAUCUGGAAGUACGAUAAAGAGCCCGUUAGAAUUUUCAAUCCCAGUAUCAGAAAAAUGGUAGUACUUCCCUAUCAGAGAAAAAACUCUCACUCGAUAAAGUCUUUAUAUUACUAUUCACUAGGUUAUGAACCUGUAGAAAAGAGUUACAAAGUUUUGAUGCAAGUUCAUAAUUCAGGUGGGCAUGCACAAAGUUUUUUUUUCACCUUAAGCAUAGAUAAAUCAUGGAGAAAAAUUAAAGAUAUCAUUAAUCUCUUUCCAUGUUAUAGUAUGAAAAAUUGUUUUAUUAAAGGAUUCAUCUAUAUAAUGGAUUACUCAAAGAAUUCGAUAGUUGCAUUUGAUUUGAGGGCUGAAAAUUUCAGAGUUAUUGGAUUGGGUGAUGAUAUAUCUAAAAAUAUAUUUGAUUAUGAUUUGAUAGAAGUGAAGGGAAAAAUAGCAUUGCUGGGCUGUUGGGGAAGUUUCAUUGGUCGAAAUAAUUUAUGGAUUUUAGAAAAUUCUGAAAAAGAAAAAUGGAAGAGUCAUGGAAUUCAGAUUCCUUCACAUUGGAAAGAUUUGGAAGAUAUAUUGAAACCAAAAUAUGGUCCUCCUCAAGGAUUUUGCGAUUCUCGUGAUGGCAAGAUUAUAUUUAUUUCAGCGAAAGAUCAUAUUUUAUUUUGUUACUUUUAUGAUGUUGGAAAACUUAGUUGGAGAUGCUUAGAAAUUCAUGGAGCUCCAAUAGAGGAUGAAAUAAAUGGCAUUAAUAUUUACGUAGAGAGCCUCUAUUUAUGCCAAUAAAAUAAAUAAAAGUAUUUCAAUGCUUAUUACUAGGU